UAUCUCCACUGCAUGGUUGCUUCGUCGUCAUGUUAGUUUAGAAUAGGGAAUUUAAUAAAGUUUUUGGAGUUAAAAAUGAUGCAAUGAUGGGAGUUUUGUUGCAUUAGUUCGUGGGUGGAGGAGGUGGAUGCUAAGUUUUAGUGCAUGGUUGCUUGUUGCUAUAAUUGUUUUAUAUAUGAUUGAGAAUUUUGACCAAUUUGGUAGCAAUAUGGUAGAAUGACUAGAAUUUUCUUGCAUUAUUUUAGAGGUGAGGAGGUUGAAGCUAAAUUGUAUUGCAUGAUUGCUUCUUGGUCUAAUGUUCUAUAAUGGAGAAUUUUAAUCACUCGUUAGCGAGAUGACUGAUGACAUAAUGAGAAUUUGAUUGCAUUAUUUUAGGGGUAAAGGAGGUAGACGCUAAAUGGAUCGGAUGGGUCGGUGUAAAUGUGCCAGAUGAAAUUUGGCAGAGAGCUCUUACAAAAGCUCUAGCUGAAAAGAGAUGCAUUCCAGUUUUCCUUGAUGAGGAAAUAGUGCACCAAUAUUACAAUGGAUACUGUAACAACAUCCUAUGGCCUCUCUUCCAUUACCUCGGACUCCCUCAAGAAGAUCGAUUAGCCACAACCCGUAGCUUCCAGUCUCAGUUUGAUGCAUACAAGAGGGCAAACCAGAUGUUUGCUGAUGUUGACAAUGAGCACUAUGAAGAGGGGGAUGUUGUUUGGUGCCAUGAUUAUCAUCUAAUGUUUCUUCCCAAAUGUUUGAAGGAAUAUAACAGCAAUAUGAAAGUUGGAUGGUUUCUUCAUACACCGUUCCCUUCUUCUGAGAUUCAUAGGACUAUUCCAUCUCGUUCAGAUUUGUUGAGAUCUGUUCUUGCGGCUGAUUUAGUUGGGUGAGCAACUUUUUUUUGACUGAAUACUUUUGUGUGUUUUCUGUUGUUUGCUUAGCACAUGGCUUGGUAUUCCAUGACACUCUACAUUCCACUAUCUUCAACUUUUCUGCCACAUGAUAUACACAAAGUAAGGCAUAUGCUUAUGAAAUUCAGUGAGCAGCUAAAGUAUUCCUUUCUAUUCACAUAUAUGAAUACAAACAAACAUUUUUGAAGUAGUUUUAAAAUCGUUCCCUUAAUCUUUAAAGGACUAUCUUAUUAACUAAAUUGAAUGGAAGAAACGGAUUCAGUGUACUAACCCUAAAAGUUUAGGACAGAUGCUUCAAUUUUUUUUCUUUUUUGGUUAUUGUUUUACGUCAUACCUACACAUGAGAUUAGAUUCAUAUGCAAGUGACAGGAUGGCCGAAAGUUGUAAUUUCUUAAGUUUUUCAUAUUGACCAGACCACACCAUUAAAUUACCAAUAUAUCUGUUAUAUGAUUGCAACAUUUCAUCAUUCUUUUCUUGAACACCGCAUCAAAAUAGCAUGGUAUUCGACGUGAAUUUUGUAUUUUUGAACUGUUUAGUAGUUCUUGCAUCCUUGUUUUAUAUCUCACCUCCCCCCCCUCUCUAUUCCUUUUCUUGUUUUCUUUUUCUUUUUGGCAUUUUUGGGAUUGUAUAAUGCAACACAAAGUCAGUGUUUGUUGAGCAUUGAGCACAUUUUGCUAUAUUUUUCUUAAUGAGAUCAACACUUUGUCUACUUACUAUGAGUUCCCUUUAUUUGUUUGAUUUGUAGACUCUUCUAGAUUCAGUUGGAGUGUCAAUUUGGCAGAUGAAUGUAGAACCGCUUGAUGAUUGACCACAUUCUAAGAAAAUUAACUCACAUCAAAUGGCCAGUGGAGAUGCAAAUGAUCUUUACAGUGAUUGUGAGUCUGGUUGUACUGACGAUGAUUAUGAUUUAGAUGAAUCUCAUACUGCAUUUAUUGGAAAAAAUGAUCAGCGGGUAGCCGUUGCCUGUGAUGAUGGUUGUGUACGAUUAUAUUACAUGUCCGAUACAAAUGGACUAACUUAUUAUAGAUCAUUUCCUCGAGUUAGCGGACGCAUCCUAAGUGUUGCUUGGAGUUUCAAUGCAAAGCUAAUAUUUUCCGGCAGUAGCGAAGGUAUCAUAAGAUGCUGGGACACUACAUCAUUUCAUGAAAUUUAUCGCAUCACAGCUGGCCUUGGUGGCUUGUGUAGUGGACCGGAGUUCUGUGUCUGGUCGUUGCUGUCCUUAAGGUACAAGGAUAUCUGGUUACUUAAUAAGAUUUCGACUUCUUCAUUGCAUCUAAGACUUAUUUUAUGAUGCUUUUAGGUGUGGUACGCUAACGAUUUUUUGUUCUUAAAGUCUCACCAAUGAUCCUCUGUUGUUAGCUUUUAAUUUUUCAUGCGCGUUAUCAGAUAUAUUUAAUGCAAUGUAAUUCUCUAUGCUUGGAAUGUUAUAAUGACAAACAUCUCAAACUUUUGAGUACUGGCUAACCUGCUUUGCAUACUUCUUUCGCUUCUUGUAGGAAAACACAAUUAUUUACUUUUCAUUUCAAAAGACAAAACCAACCAGCGCCAUUGUAAAAUAACAAGAUUUAGAUAAUGUGUAAUAACCAGUCAAACUAAUAGUAAUCCAAUGUGUAAAAUUUGGAGAAGG